AUGGUGGCUGGCGGUAGCUUUGUCCACACUUCUACUCCUUGUCCAGAUUCAGCAAAGAAGAGUCAUUGUGAAGAGGUGAAGAAGUCAUCUUGGAUAUCCGAGCCAGACAGAGAAGAGAAAGAAAUGAAAAGACUCCAAGAAGAUGCCCCCUGUCCCACAAAGUCCUGGACUCCUUCCUGGAGAGGUGUGAUUAUUACUGUCCUCCUAGGAGCCAAUAUUGUAUUCAUCCGCAUUAUUUUAGCUCUUGGUUAUAAUCGUGAACUUUCUAAUGCUGAGCGCUCUACAAUGCUGAAGGCGCUCGGGAUGAACUGCACUGACAUGUCUGGAGUUUUUAAUCAUGAACGUUCUAAUGCUGAACACUCUACAAUAAAGAAGGAAAUCUGUGUGAACAGCAAUGACACAUUUGGAGGUUGUCGUCUGUGCCCUUAUGAUUGGCUGUUAUAUGGAGAUCACUGCUUUUACUAUUCUGAUAUGACAAGCAAAACAUGGUACCAAAGUCGGGAUUAUUGUAAAGAGAUGAGAGCCGAUCUACUGGUCAUAAAGGAUCAGGAACAACAGGAGUUUAUAGAAAGUUCUCUCAGAGAGCGGGCAGGUGACUUGUAUUGGAUCGGACUUCAUCUAAAUGAAGAACAUUGGAUAUGGGUGGAUGGAGAACAAUAUGACAGCAAUGUAUUCCAGAUAAGGAAACAAUCACCAGGACUCUGCAUAUUAAUGGCCAGAUCUGGUUAUUAUCAGAGCAACUGCAUGUCUGCAAGAAGAUCUAUAUGUGUAAAGAAAGCUGUGAGGAUCUGACCCUCAACAUUAU